GCAGUUUAUGUAAAGGCCCCCACAGGCGCUCAGUUAUUUUGCACUUUGCACAGGCCGACUGUGCAAACCUGGUUUGUGCAAGCAUAUCGGCACUGGAUACUUCUGGCCGACUGUGUAGGCCUUUGGCCUGGCCUGAGUAAAUUCAAGAUCUGCUUGAAAUUUGGCCUGCGUGUGUGUGUGUGUGUUCAGUCCAUUUAAUCAGCCCAUAAUUUCUAUGCCACUUCAUAGAAAUAUACAAAACCUCUCCAUGCUUAUGGAAAAUAAAAAGUAAGGACUAUAGUGAUUGGAAAAAGAAAUCGGCUGCCUAUGAAGUAUUCUUCUUUAUUGCACAAGCAAGCAGAAUACAAGACAACGCUGUAUUGAGACAAGUCAUUUUCAUUGUAAAAAAAAAAGUUUGAACUGCGUUUGUCGUCCUGUUUGGAAAUAACGAUGCUGAAAACUGAGCGUGUGUGGCGGCCUGUGCAAAAUAACUGAGCGUCUGUGGCCGCCUCAAACAUAGUUUUGCCACAGCAAAAGUGGAACAAAAUGCUUUGCUGACCAAAUUUUUGAAUGUUCAGCUUUUAAAACUGGUUUUUCUCACAAGAUUUUCUUAUAAAAAGAAAAUAAAUUGGUGUUCAGGCAGGGCCUCAAUCCUCAUAGCUGAUUUUUUUCUAAAUAAGAGUUGGUCAAUUUUGACUAAAAUUUGACUUUACCUAGAAUAUAGGUACCUAUGACUAAAGCAAAACUAAAGUACAGUUUCAUAUUUGCUGAUUAGCAAAUCUGAUAAAGAAAUGCCUAUAAAUCAAAUACCAUUACAGGUAAUGCAGUAAUAUUACUUACCUUAUCCGAACCUCCGAACCAGGAUUGAAAAAAUCCUCGAGAAUUGAGUUUUUUGAGUCCCUCGUCCCGAAGCUGCUUGGCCUUGUUCUCUAUGUGCGAAGCCAUUUUUCACUAGAAACAAAAUUUCCACAGGAAAUGAAGUUUAUAUUUCUAAAUAAAUCACCAGUUCGUGUCAAUUUGACAAUAUAAUGCAAUAUUAAUUUAAAAUUACUCCGGAAAGAAAAAUGAGAGAAAUGCGCGAUGAUGUUCCUAGCUCCAAGACGCGUGAUUUGGAUCAAAUGGAAAAGUCUAGGUCAAAGCCUAGAAUGGAUAGAGAAAGGGACAAAGAUGAUAAAAAGGAGAGAAAAAUGAAUGUUGAUAUGAUGGAAGUGAUCAAGGCAGGUUCUGGUUUUCCGAGGACAAGAACAAAAAGCGGUUACGCAGACACCCUGGAAAAAUUACGUAAAGAAUUUUACGACAGAUGGCAAAGAAGUAUACCAUCAGAUACCGAGGGCCUGAAGGACUUUGACCGAACCAAAACGUUGGGUACCGGAUCGUUUGGACGUGUGUUUUUAGUCCAACACAAGCAAACUAGAGCGUUCUACGCAAUGAAAGUGAUCGACAAAAUCAGAAUCAUUAAACUGAAGCAAGUCGAGCAUACGCUUUACGAGAAGAAAAUUCUAGAAUCUGCCAGAUUUCCGUUUUUAAUCUCAUUGGAGUUUUCCUUUAAAGACAACAGUUUUAUUUAUUUGCUAAUGCCUUUCAUCAAUGGUGGUGAAAUGUUCACACAUUUAAGAAAAUCUCAUAAAUUCGACGAAAAUUUAUCAAAAUUCUACGCCGCUCAAGUAUUACUAGCCCUCGAAUUUUUGCAUUAUUGUGACGUCCUCUACCGUGAUUUAAAACCUGAAAACAUUUUAAUCGACAUGAAAGGCUACCUGAAAAUCGCCGACAUGGGAUUUUGCAAGAUUGUCAAAGGGCGCACUUGGACUCUGUGCGGUACACCCGAGUAUAUCGCACCGGAAAUUAUUCUGAGCAAAGGGUACGGCAAAGCUGUCGAUUGGUGGUCCUAUGGGGUGUUGCUGUUCGAAAUGUCAGCAGGAUUUCCGCCGUUUACUUCCUCCGAUCCCAUGAAAGUAUACGAGAAAAUAAUCUCUUGCAAAUAUAAAUGUCCGCCUUUUUUCACCAUGGAACUUACUGAUCUUAUUAAAAAUUUACUUCAAAUUGAUCUCAGCAGAAGAUUUGGAAAUUUGCGAAAUGGCAGUGCUGAUAUUAAAGGUCACAGAUGGUUCCAUCAUACAAACUUCGAAGGUAUCUAUAAUAGACAGGUCGAGCCUCCGUACAGGCCCAAAAUUAAAGGUCCAGCGGACACAUCCAAUUUUGACGAUUUUUCCGAAACUGAUUUGGUUAUCAGUGAAGUCAAUUUAUUUGAAGAACACUUUGAAAAAUUUUAAUUUUUUGGACCAAUAAUAUUAAUUUUUAUAUGUGACUUGAUGUUUGAAAAAAAUACCCAUAAUUUCCUGAUUCUUAGGUAUAAUAAAAGUCAAUUUACACCAAAAAAUUAUGCCUUUUUUUUAUCCAUAUUCCAAGCACAAGAUUUCUUCUUACAUAAUUUGAACAUUUGGCAAAAGUUAAAAUUCCUACAUAGAAAAAUUACCUAUGUCUAUUUAUUUAAAUCUAAAAUGAAUAUAAUCCCCCAAAAAAAAGUUUUGGCGGCACAUAUUUCAGGCUUAAUUAAAAAAGUCAUUCAAAUAAAGUACCUAAUAGUAACAAUUAAAAAAAGAAUAAGAAAUUAGUUUAAAAAUAAAAACACAAAUAGAUAAUAUAGAUGCAUUUUUCACUUAUCUAAUUAAAAAUAAUUUACUGUGAAUUGGGCUGAGGAGGAUAAUUAUACGCAUACUGUCCUUGAGGCGGAGGUCCAGGCGGGCCUUGACCCGGUCCCGGAUGUCCAGCAGGCCCAGGAUGACCUCCAGGUCCAGGAUGAUUCGCAGCCCCAGGAUGACCUCCAGGACUAGGAUGGCUUGCAGGUCCUGGAUGGCUAGGAGGUCCUGGAUGAUUUGCUGGGUGUCCUCCAGGUCCAGCAUGUCCUCCUGGUCCAGGUAGGUUUGCAGGGCCCGGAUGUCCGGCAGGGCCUUGAUGAGUGGGGGGGCCUGGAUGUGGAGGAGGGCCGCCCGGAUGACCUGCCGGAGGUCUGGGAUAUUGAUAGCCUUGAGGGGGUUGCUGAGCAUAUUGUGGUUGAGGUGGAUAAUUGGGUUGGGGAGGGUAGUUUGCUCCGCUAGGUGGACCAUACGGUGGGUACUGAUUCGGUGGAGAAGUGUAU